AUGCUGUCCACGUCUCUUGCACGGACGUCGCUGCGUGCCCUGCAGCACGCCCGCGCCGGAUUCCCCGGUGUGGCGGCUGCGGCGGCGCGUGCGCCGCGUCUACGCUGUGCUGUGCUCGUGCGCACGCCGCUGCGUGGCUACGCGACGCCCUCCGAUGGCCCCGACCCCGAAGAAAAGAAGCGCAAAGAGUUCCACGAGUCGCUGGAGCGUGGCCUGAAGGAGGCCAAGGAAGGCAAACGGACCAAGAAGGAGGAUGUCCCGGAGGAGCUGAAGCAGUUCUUUGGCAACAAUGAGCAAAAGGCCAAGGAGAGCAAGCCGCAGCGGCCGUCCGAGGACAAGGAAAAGGACGAGAAGUCGAGCAGCAAGCCGCCGCCGAACAACAACAACAACAACAACAACAAUGAGCUGCGUCUGAACCUCAACAUGCUCAUUGCGUCGAUCGUAUCGACCUACCUGCUCUACCGCUUCACGUCGCCGGAGCCGACCUCGCGCGAGAUUACCUGGCAAGAGUUCCGCUCCAACUUCCUCGACAAGGGCCUGGUCGACCGUCUGGUCGUGGUGAACCGUGCCAAGGUCAAUGUGUACCUGCACAACAACGCCUCCGGCUCGGUGUACAGCGGCGCACAGACGACGAACCCCCUGAGCAAUGCGCCGCAGUACUGGUUCAGCGUCGGCUCCGUUGAGGCGUUUGAGCGCCACCUCGAGGACGCGCAGCGCGAGCUGCAGGUGCCGUCGAACGAGCGCAUCCCUGUGGCGUACCACGAGUCGACGAGCGUGGCGUCGAUGCUGCUGCACUUUGCGCCGACGCUGAUCCUCGCCGGCCUGCUCUUUUACCUCACGCGCCGUGCGGCGGGUGGCGGUAUGGGCGGCGGCGGCGGCGGCGGUCCCGGCGGCAUCUUUGGCAUCGGCAAGAGCCGUGCGAAGCUCUUUAACCAAGAGACCGAUGUCAAGACCAAGUUUGCGGACGUCGCUGGUAUGGACGAGGCCAAGGAGGAGAUCAUGGAGUUUGUGAGCUUCCUCAAGAACCCCGAGCGCUACGAGCGCCUGGGCGCCAAGAUUCCCCGCGGCGCGAUCCUCAGUGGUCCGCCGGGUACCGGUAAGACGCUUGUCGCCAAGGCGACGGCCGGCGAGGCUGGCGUGCCGUUCCUGAGUGUGUCGGGUUCCGAGUUCGUCGAGAUGUUUGUCGGUGUCGGUCCCUCGCGUGUGCGCGACAUGUUUGCCAACGCCAAGAAGCACGCGCCGUGCAUCAUCUUUGUCGACGAGAUCGACGCGAUCGGCAAGUCGCGUGGCAAGGGCGGCAACUUUGGCGGGAACGACGAGCGCGAGAGCACGCUUAACGAGCUGCUUGUGCAGAUGGACGGUUUCGGGACGAACGAGCACGUCGUCGUGCUCGCGGGUACGAACCGUCCGGACGUGCUCGACCCCGCGCUGAUGCGCCCGGGCCGCUUUGACCGCCACAUUGCGAUCGACCGCCCCGACAUUAGCGGGCGCAAGGACAUCUUCAAGGUGCACCUCAAACCACUCAAGCUCGCCGAGGACGUCAACUCGGAUCUCUUGGCGGAGAAGCUCUCGACGCUCACGCCGGGCUUCUCGGGCGCAGACCUCGCGAACGUCGCGAACGAGGCCGCGCUGAUUGCCGCGCGUGCCGAGGCGCCUGCCAUCGAGGAGCACCACUUUGAGCUCGCGAUCGAGCGUGUGAUUGCGGGUCUCGAGCGCAAGAGCCGUGUCCUGUCGCCGGAAGAAAAGACGACGGUCGCCUACCACGAGGCGGGCCACGCAGUGUGCGGCUGGUUCCUCGAGCACGCCGACCCCCUGCUCAAGGUCUCCAUCAUUCCCCGCGGCGUCGGCGCGCUCGGCUACGCGCAGUACCUGCCCAAGGAGCGCUACCUCUUUUCGACCGAGCAGCUGAACGACCGCAUGUGCAUGACGCUCGGUGGCCGCGUCGCCGAGGAGAUCUUCUUUGGGCGCAUCACCACCGGCGCGCAGGACGACCUGUCCAAGAUCACGCGCAUGGCCUUUGAGAUCUGUGCGUCGUACGGCAUGAACGACCAGCUCGGGCCAGUGUCCUACCGCACCGACCAAGAGUCGAUGCACAAGCCGUACUCGGAGCGCACCGGCGAGAUGCUCGACGAGCAGGUGCGCAAGAUGGUGACCGAGGCGCACGACCGCACGACGCAGCUCCUCACGACACACAAGGAGGACGUCGAAAAGGUCGCCAAGCUCCUCCUCGAGCGCGAAGUCAUCACCCGCGAGGACAUGACCAACCUCCUCGGCAAGCGUCCGUUCAAGGCCGCGGACGAGGCGGAUGCGUACCUCGACAAGAAGGGACGCCUCUCGCGCAAGGGCGAGUCGAGCGCCCCGCCGCCGGCCGAGGAGAUCGACCCCGAGCCGACGGUCGCCUCCUCGCCACCCAAGCUGCCGACGGAGCCAGGCACCUCGGCGGAUUCGGGGUACGCGUGGGGCGCGGACGCGUGGCGCGAUCCGCUGCUGGCGGACGAGGCGCCCGCAUCGCCGCGCCCGGGGCGUACCUCGCCAGAGCCAGAAAAGGAGAGCGACGAGGCGCUCGAAAGGAGCGACGAACACAGCGAGGCGCUCGACGAGACGCUCGGCGCGGGCGACGCACCGCAGUCGAGCAGGCCGCUUUCUGCGCUGCCGGCGCAUGCGCGGCGGCCGCCCAGGUUUGCGGCCAUGCACCGCCUGCGGUCGCCGUGGUCGUCGACGCUGGCGCACCUCGCCGCGCGGCGCACGCGGGACGACGGCUCGGUGCUCGAGUCGAUCGCACGCACGCCGUCGGUCGCAGGCAGCCUCACCCGCUCGACGCAGCCCGCGUCCGAGUCGGAGAGCACGGACAGCGCGCGCGCGGCCGCGCCGGAGCCGAUCGCACGCCCGUUCCUCCAGCUGCACCUCCUGCGCACCAUUACCCAGCAGUGCGUCGAGGCGACGGACGACGGCACGCCGCUCGCGCUCGGCAUGCCGUGCGCGCUGCAGGCGUCCGGCGGCCUCGUCGCGAUCGGCUUUACCAACGGCGCGACGCUCGUAUUUGAUCUAUCGCAGCGCCUGCGCUGCAUCUGCCGCGCGGCACCCACAGAUGGUCCACAGCACGCCGUGACCGCGCUGGCACUCGCGAUGGACGCAUCGUACGUCGGCGUGGGGCACGCGUCAGGGCACAUUCUCCUGUACGACGUGCUCGACGCCAAGGUUCCUGUGCGCCACGUCCUUCCGGUGCAUCCUGCGGACGUCGCACAAGGCAAGUGCGAGGGCCACCUCACCGGCGCCGCCGUGACGCACCUCGCGUUCGUCGGCCGCCGCAAGACGGCGAUCGUGAGUGCGGACGAGAACGGGCUGUGUUUCUACCACUCGCUCGGCCGCGUGCUCGGCAUGGCCUCGAAUGAUACCCUGCGUGUGUACGGCCGCUACCCGUCCGCCAACGCCGUCGACACGGUGCUCGACAUGGCCCCGCUGCCGCUCGGCACGGCCGGCCACCAGGCGGACGAGCACAAGUUUGUCGCGAUUCUCUUGCGUGAGAAAUUGCUCCUCGUCGGCCUCGCGCCGUCCGCACGGACAUGGUACCGCAGCUAUGCGCGGCGCAACACGAGCGCGCACGGCGCCUUGGCAUGGUUUCCGGCGACACGCGACGAGGGAGGGGCACUGCACCAUCCGAUGCUGGCCUUUGCUUUUGGCCUCACGCUCCAGCUGCUGCACGUCAAGUCGGUGCGCGUAAAGCCGCGCCGCGACGAGCGCCAGGUGCCCCCGGCGAUUGCGCUCAGCGAAGAGACACUCCCGCCGACCACGCAGCCGAUUAUCCGCCUGCAGUGGAUCCACCGACAGCUCUUGAUGGUCGUCACGACCGACGCGUGGCUCUUGUACGAUCUGCGCCUGCGUGCGUACUCCGAGUGGCAGCCGCACGAUCCGCUCAUGGCGCAGAUCGGCGCACCGACCGCCGCGACGUGGCGGAAUGCACUGCGGGUGUGGCACAGCAAAGCGUUCUGUCUCGCACACGGCGACGUGUACGUCGGCGAUCUGCUGCCGUGGGAUACACGCCUCGCGCAGCUCGUGCACGCCAAAGACUUCCUCGGCGCGCUCCAGCUCGGCCUCGAGCUCUACCAGGGACACGGCCUGGGCUCGGCCAUUGGGCUGCCGAGCGAGCGGGGUGCACAGCAGGCGGCGAUCGCCGCGCGCCUCGAAAAGCUCGAGCAGGCGGCAGCCGACGCACUCUUUGCCAACGUCCCGGGCGCGUACGACCCCGAAACGGCGCACGCGGCCCUUGCACGGACGUGUGCGACGGUGGCCAUUACGACCCACCGCUUCGACUGGCUCUUUCACGAUUUGUACAAUCUGUACGAAGUGCAUGGGCACGAGUCAACGUUUGUGCACGAGAUGGAGCAGUUCAUCCUGCACGGCGAGAUGCCGACGCCGGUGCCAAGCGUGAUGCAGCGCCUACUCGCUUUUCGGGCCAAGAAGGGCGAGUACGAGCGGAUCGAGCAGCUGGUCCUGCACGUCGACCCGCUGCACCUCGAUCUCGACCAGACGCUGCCGCUCUGCACCAAGUACAAACUGUGGGACGCGGUGGUAUACGUGAGCACAUCGGCGCUCCACGACUAUACCACGCCGCUCCACGAUCUCUUGCAGCGCGCCUACACGGCCGUCCAGGGCCAAGAGGCGCCGGACGCAUACCGCCUCUUUUCAUUCCUUGCGUCGGUCAGCCGCGGCGUGCAGCACCCCAACGAGCACCCCCUUCCCCCUAACGAGGCCCGCGCGGCCGCCGCCGACGUGUACGCAACGAUCUAUGCACGCGAGGCGCAGACUUUCUUGAUACCCACGGCCCAGCCGUACCCCUAUUUGCGCAUGCUACUUGAGCUCGACGCGGAGGCGCUGCUGGACGUCAUCGACCUCGGCUUGGAGGGCGACUUGUACGCAGAAGACGAGGACGACGCGCUGCCGACGCGGCGCGACGUCGUCGAUGCGCUGCUGGCCGUCAGCAGCGACCUCGCGGCGGGCGACGAGGGAUUCGUCGCGCUGUUUACCGCACGCAACGCGGCCAAGUACCCCCAGUUUUUGCGGCUGCACAGCACCGAGGUGCAGUACCUAUUUGACGUUCUUACGCGCCCUGCCGGCGUGCCUGCGGCGGCCGACCGUGAGUUUGCGCUCGAGUGCGUCUUUUCUGCCCAUGCCUACCCCUUUACCGACGAUGCGCUCGCGCGGCUGGUCGACGCCCAGUUCUGGCGUGUGUACGAGUAUGCGCUGCGCAAGACGCAGCGCUACAACGAUCUGAUGCGCUUCUUCCUUGUCGACCAAGACGGCCGGCACGAUGCGCCGUCGCAGCUCUACAGCCGUGUCGCGGAGCUGCUCAGCUGGGCACCCCCCGCGCACCAUGCCGCGCUGCUCGACGUGCUGCUCGAUGCGAUGCCCGACGUCCCCGACUCGCUCCUGGGCGACGUUGCGCGCGUCGUGGCGCGCUUUUUUGCCGAGCACACCGACGCGGUAUUCGCGGCCCUCGAGGCGAUGCCCCAGCGGCAGUACCUCUACCUGCAGCCCUUUUUCCGGCUCGACGAGGAGACGGCGCAGGUCAAGCCGUCGCUCCGCACUGCGUGGCUUGCGCUCGUCGCGGAAUUUUGCCCCGCGAUGCUCGUCGCGCAUCUGCGUGCGCGUCCCGUCGACUUUUAUGCGCUGGACGAUGUGCUGCGCAUCGCGCGCGAGCACUGCGUCUACGAUGCGGUGCUCUGGGCGUUUGAUCGGCGUGGCGAGACGGCCGCAGCGAUGGAUACGCUCGACGCGCAGGUCGCCGAGUGCAGCGUAUCGCUCCUUGCGCUUGCUACGCAAGGCCGGGAUGGCGAUGGAAGCAGUGCGGCGGAGCAAGUCAUGGCGCAGGCGCACGACGUCGUGCAAUCGCUGCGUGCGACCGUGCGCAUGGCCGUCGAUCUCGCUGUAGAGCAUUCGCACACCGAGGCCUCGCGCGAAAAGGCGCGCGAGCAGUGGUACCGCGUGCUGCGCGCACUGAUCCACUAUGUGCACCUCUUAGCCGAGCCCCCCUACGCUGGUCCGCUGCUGCAGUCUGCGCGUUCGGCCGGUGAUGCGCUGGUGCAAGAGUCUCUCGCGGCGCUCCUGACUUCGGUCCCCUCCGAGACGGUGUCCUUCCCCCCCCUAUUCCGUCGCCUGGUCGACGCGCCCGAGAUGGCGUCGAGCGUAUCGUACGCCGAUGUGCGGCGUGUGUUGGACGGCAUGCUGGAAGCCUAUCGUCUACGGAGUGAGGUGCUUACGCUGGGUGUGCGUCUAAACGAGGGCGACACCUCCCGCCUCUUCCACGAGCUUGCCAAAGAGCGUGCGCUCGGCUGGCUGAUUCGUGCACGGCCACGCUGCCAUAUCUGCCAUGAGCGGCUUCUGCCCUCGGCCGCGCCCCUGACGUUUUCGCGCAGUGGCCUCCACGUCCAUCGGGCCUGUGGGGAUUCCGCGCCUCAAAAAUGA